AUGGCAGAAAAGACGGAAUGGGAAAAUGGGAUCGGCCUGGAAUGCACUGAAAUCGGCUGUCAGAGCCGCGAGCAGAUCAAACAAGGUACGACGACGGCAUUUCAAAACGAGAUAAUAGCCCGAAUCUGUCGUUUCCCGAACGUUGGGAAAACAAAGUUCAAAAAAGGGCUUUUUCAUCCUGACGACUUGUUCCGCAGAUGAAUAUCCAAGAAAGGCGAAUGUCAAUUCGUUCCUUUUUGUAAUAUGUUUUGAAAAGUUUAUAGAUUGUCUAGAUCACAUCCAGAACGAGCCCAAAAGACGAUGGGCGUUUUUUUUUCUUCGGUCAAAGGUCUAGGUGAGACUCUAAGUUCCAUAAAACGUUUUUAGAAAGCUUUACAAUGUUACGACCGCGUCAGAAAAAUCAUCGAAACUGAAAUCUGUUGACGACUUUGGAACGAAAAUAUUUUGGUGAUUUUGGACGAUCACAUCGGUUUUAUGAAACAUGGGCGAUCAGGGAUAAACUUGAAAGUUUUGAGAGCAAAAAUCAUGAAGUGCGCACUGCGAGACCACAGUAGCAAGACUAAUUAAUUGAAAAGAAAAGUAUUUUUGGACUUUCAACAAUAGUUUCACUAAACGCUUUCAUUAAUUGUUGAAAAGAGACUAGAAAUAGUGCUGUUCAAUAAAUCUAACUGGAAAGUGGCAAAAGAGAAAAAGAAAAGAGGGGUCCAGUGCACUCAACGAAGAUCGAGGCCACCACGAUCGAUGGAUGGUCGGGAAACGGAACAUGGCCAGGAGAAGGCAGGUCGGCGCGCCAAAGACAGCCGGACUCCUAUUAGGUCUCAAAAGAGGUUAAAAAUGGACCUAGUAACUUAGCAAAAGAAUAAACUUCGAAAUUUUGAUUUAUAAAAAAUAAAAUUUGAAAUUUGAAUCGUAUCGAACAAAAAAAAAGAAGAGUGAGAAAAAAUAAAAAGACAAAACGGUAUUAAUUAGAAAACGGUUUGGGUACGUUUCACAAGAAUUAAGAAGCUCCUCACAGGGAAACGUGCGACCUCAAGGGCCUAGUUCGAGUGUGAGAGUUCAAAUACAGUGGCCGAGUGGCGUGAAAACUCCGUUCUCACUUUCCUUUCUCUGACCGCCUUUCUUGUCUUUCUGUGAGGAGGAUAAUGCUGAAGUACCUCCACGCAAAUGUUGAUAAACUCUUUUUGAAAAUUCGACUACAUGAAUAUUUAUCUCACUCGAGCAUGUAUAGCUUAUUCACGGCUAGCUCGAGCCAUCGAAAAAAGGGUCUUGACACGAUAAGAGAAGAUGCAGUGCCUGUUUGGUUCAAUUUUGAAAUAUGCUUUUGAUCGGUGUACAGAAAACUGUUUCCAUUAGACGUGCACGAAGUUGCGGAAGCCUCAUUAGGCUCGCAUUUUGUGCGAAAUAACAUAAUUUCUGUUUCAAAUCAAAGAUUUCUUUUCCGAAAAGUCAUUUACGCUAACAAAAAAGACACACGGCCAAAGCCAAAGACACGAGCAUUUUUCUUUUUAUUGAACAAAAAAAAAACCCAAAAAGUAGAUAGACGCCGUUCGUUUCCGUCGGUUUCGGUCGUUUUGAUUUCUGUGUUCUCUUUAAAAGUUUUUCAAAAAAAAGCAACAUAAGCUCUUAGAUAUUUCUCUUGAUUUUUUAUCACCUCUAAAGUUGUCUCCCUUCCUUCAAAGGAUCAAAAAUUUUCUUUCAAAAUUUUCAGUUCUCUGUAUUUCUCCGAUCCGUCUCCGCCCAGUCCUGAUCCGCAAAAAACAAUAAUACUGAAGUUGUGUUAGUAGUAACCAAUUUCAAGUUCAAACCCCAACUAUAAACCGUGAGUUUGAAGUUCACCUGAAACCUCAUUUGGACGUCAACGGCAGCGCGCAUCGGAAUGCGUCUCCAUGGAAACGACAAAGGAACUGCAGACGAGUAAGAAACACACGGGGAUUUCGCGACAAAAAACAUUCAAGGAAAUACUCGUCGCCAUUCCGGCUCUUAUCGGCAUGGCGUGUGACAACGGCGACCCCAUCAACACUUAUCCAUUGUUCGUUUUUUUAUCCUAAUAUUUUUUCGAUUUUGAAAAAGUGUUUUGUGGUAAAGUAGUGAUUUCAUGACAACGCACUUUCCAUUUUUUUUUAAAGAAAAAAAAAACUUUUUGGGCUCCCCGACGUGUCCAAUCGUCAAAACAAAAUGUAUUUUAAAGGCAUAGGAGCAGUAAAAAAAAAAAACGGGGGUUCAGGUGAAAGCAGUAUCUUAUAGUUUUUCAUUGCGAAUCGAACCGUGCUAUCAAAAAAAUUACAGAUGUGGCUACUUUUGAAGAAAAACGCGAUUUUACCUUCCCGCCUUGAAGUUUAGAAAUUUGCUUUGGAUCGGUUACGGACAACUGUUUACAGUAGACGUGCACGCGAUGUUGCGGACGUGUCGUUAGACUCGCAUUUUGUUGGAAAAAGCAUUUCUACAAACAAAAACCACACACGGAUGAUAAAGGAAACGCGAAAUAUCGAUAUUCUAACCGAAAUCUGUAUAAAAUCAUCAUUUUACGCGAAAGAAGUACUUUCGCGAUCAAAGUUUGCAAAUUAUACAUGAGUCUUCAUGUCGAAAAGAACUUUGGUGACAUGCGAAAAAAUUGAAAUUUGAAAGAAACGAAAAAAAAAGAGCGAAAAUAGGACUUCAAUUCAUUUUCACGUGUACCGUUCGACAUGCUAUAAAGAGCUUUUAAAAAUGGAAAAUUCAUCUCAAAUCCCAUUUUUACUGCUCAUAUGCCUUUAAUAAUGGAAGUGGACAUGAAAAAAGAUCUUCAUUUUCCUCCAAAAAAAACAAAAUAUUUUUUGAUUUGCAGCGAGAUUCCCGAGUUGCCAUUAGGCGAACUCUUGGUUUUUGAGAUUUUGUCCAACUGGGGGGAUCCGACACAAGUUGGCCUCAACUCGAUAGAAAUCUUCACUUCAACUGGACGUCGCGCCGAAAUUGUUGAAGUCAAUUUUUCCACGUUUCUUCAUACUUUUCAAAAGAGUUGGCUUUUAGAUUCAUACAAGCGCCGAAUGUACAUCAGGAAAUCUGAAAAAUUUGAUCACAGAUGCUGUAAUCACGAAGAAAAAAACCGAAAUGUGGAGCGCCAACAUCGAAGUUCACCGUCAAUGUAUGCUUUUUACAUCCUGGAAACGUUGGAAAAACAUAGGGCUUCGGUUUUGCAACUUUUCAAAACGAGAUUUGACACAAUUUUGAGGCAUAGAUGUGAGUCUCAAAAUAUCCUCGAAGACUCCUCUUAGUUAGAACUUAUUCUAGAACUUACAAGAGAAAAAAAACUGUUUUUUUUUUGUUGCUAAUUGUACCGUGUAAGUAUGUGUACCACGACUUGGAAUUUCACCAAACGACAUUCCGCUGUGCCGCUGCGCGCCUUUGCGAACCUUUGUCGCGCUUUCAAUUUUUUUUUCUUUUAUCAAGGUACUCUACUUUCAUGUGCUCCCACAGCAAUAACAAUCAAUUGAAAGCGUGACCUAUAUUCGAAAGACGCUUCGCGAACGCACGCAGCGGCACAGUGGAAUGUCGUUCGGUGAAAUUUCAAGUCUUGGCACACAGACUAUAGUAUAAUUGUAUUUCAAUACCCGAGCUUUCGAUCUUCCGAAAAAGAAGCGUCAUGACAACCUUUCAGGCACUGGGGAAGAACCGAUCAGGUUGAGCGUGAGACUGCGAGAAGCCUGCCGCAUAGCGAUGAUCCGCUUCUGGGUAAGCCUCUCUUUGUCGCGGCUAAUAUUUCGUCGUCAAGAACUACAACGAGUCUCGAGUCAAGGCGCAGAUUGGAGUCAGACUUGUGAGUGUGUUGCUCGACGGAGUCGCCAUCUUUCGUGGGGAGAUCGACUGCGCUUUUGCGAGAGACACCGAGGUUGAGCCCGACAUGGGAGAGGUCAAGCUCAACCCGACAUAGGAGAGGUUGAACUAGAGUUCUUCAGACAGUGCUGUUCACAACUGAGGAUGCGAUACUUGAGGCGAUAGCCGAGCACGACAUUUGCCUCAUCCCUGACACGGUCGAGUCUACUUCUUUUUACGACAACACCAAACUUUCUGGUUGGUUCACUCUCAAUUUGUUUCCGGAACCUGCUGAAGAUUUUCAUUUUUGUUUGAGCUCGAAAAAUUAAAUUUGAUUAUGAAAUUUUUGUAUAUGAAUUUCAGUCCGGUGCCGCUUCAGACAAUUCAUUUUUUUAAUAUAUUUAUAAUUUGUAAAAAUUGCGAAAAUUUCAAAUUCACAUAAUUUCUCUCGAGAGAACACGCGUUUCGGUUAAAUUUAGAUAUUUCUACUCAUUUUUGCUUGCAAGAGUGGAAGUAGAGCUUUCUUUUGUUCGUAUCACGGAUCGAAAAAAAUUUUCAAACUCUCAGAAAAUGCCUUAACGCCUUUCCGUCCGCAAACAACAGAGAGAGGGGUCCCUACGCAGUCCUUAGAACGCAGACCAAGUAGCGCUCAAGAAAGCGGCGAAGAGGCCAUUUCCGAAGGAAACGUCAAAGGUGUUUAUUUAUGGCUUUCUAGACAAAAACCGACUUGCAGUACUUCAACUUGAGCUCGCUUCCAACUGGGGCAUACCUGACUUGAUAGGACUGACGAGUGUCGAGAUAUUGGGAGCCGGAAAUCGACUUAUCGACAUGAAAGACACUGCGAUCACUGUGUCUGGUGGCAACGGCGAGAAUAUCCGAAAGUUAGAAUUUUGAGAUUUUUUCUCCAGAACUCCAGAAACUUUUAUGUUCUUCUUUGAAGCGGUAGUGAAUCAACUUUGAAGUGUCAUAUCUCAAUUGAAAGCUAAAAUGCUUAAAUAUCCUUGAAUCUUGAUUGAGCUUGAAUCAAAAUUCCAUCAAACUCUCCAACUGUGACUUUCGGCAUCUCUUUUGUCAGAAAAAUAACUUUUCUUGUUUUGAGCUUCCACCUUAUAUUUGUCCCUUUAAGGUUAUUCAAUGGAAAAAACCUGACUCGGUGUGCUGAAGAAAUGUGGCUUUCUGAGUUUGACCCGAAGAAGGCCGUGACUAUUACUAUCCAAUUUCCGAAGCCGGUUUUCGUGAAAGGUUGGCAGUUCUUUAUAGUUAUCUAACAACAUGAAAACUCCAGCUCUUUCGUUCUGGAACUACAACGCUUCUAGUGAAUUAUCCUAUGCCGGUGUGAAACUAAUUCAUGUGUAUAUAAAUGGAAAGAUGGUGAUCGGCCAUUUUUUGCUACGAAAAGCUAUCGGUAUUAAUAUGGAAGAAAUAUAUAAAAUCGUGUUUUUAGGAAAUGUCUUUUUCGAUUUUGUGCAAGACAUAUUAUUAGAGAACCACUCGCGGAUAAAUUCAGUUGCUCCCAGGCCGACGACUAGGACCAUCGGAGGAUGUCAGUUGAAUUUUUUUUUUUUUAUAUUCAAAUUUCUCCAUCCAAACAGUAUUUUGAGACAAAAAACCUCUCUUUUUCCUACUGAUGAAGUUAAUUCAGUUGUUUUUCAACUUCGACUCCUUUCAACUUGGGGCGAUGAGUUCUACAUUGGCCUAAAUGGUAUUGAAAUGUAUAACAGGCACGGAGAGCUGCUCCGUCUUAAACAACAUAGUGAGUGAUUCUUGGUUCGCGAAAAGCUUUUCGUAGACUUGGCAGCCUUCCCGGAAAGUGUUAAUAUCUUGCCAUCGAUCGUAGACGAUCCUCGUCGCUCCGAGAACUUGAUCGACGGAGUCAACGACACGGACAGGUUCGAUAAACCUACCGACUGAGCCUAGUCGGGUUUUCUCUUUUUGAACAUUAAGUUUCAGACCUAGUCACAUGUGGCUAACUCCUCUUCUACCCAAUCGGUGCGCGCGCAUCUUUCUCGUAUUCGACACCCCCACGUAUAUUUCGCGAUUGGUGGUGUAUAACUAUCGGAAAAACUUUGAAAGAGGAGUUCGUCAUAUAACGGCUUCGAUAGACGACAUCAUCGUCUUCUCAGGAGAAGUUCCUCAAAGCAGUGCCGCCGAAACCGCAAAACUAGAGAUAAACUUUCGAGAAGUCAAAGACACCAUAUAA